UAACAGUAAAAGGUCUGAUAACGACCAAUUAGCGAUUAUAAAUGUUGAAGUCCUUUGAAAAGCAGAAAAACUGUGGUAAACACUGGUGAUGCAGUGUACGUACAUGCAGUAAAAGGAGUUCAGUGAUAUGUCAUGAUUGAUCUCUGCUUGGUCGUUCUUUGGGAUUAGUAUAGCUCUUUUGCAUAACCACUAUAUUGGUUUUUCGGAGAUGAGCGAAAAGUUUGGAUUUUUUUUUCAAUUGUUGUUACUGAAAUGCACACAUGGAAAGGGUGAGAUAUCAUGCCAACUUUUUCUGGAUAAUUGUGGAUCACUUCAUCUAUUAAAUGGUAUGUGACACCUUCUACCUGCCAUUCGAAUUGUCGUUGAAAAUCUUCUGUAAGAUAUUCUUUAUAUGCAUCCCACAGACUAAACGAAUCAGACACUUGGCAAAACACCAACAUGAUAGUAAAAAGCUCGCGUAUUACAUGUGGUGUUUGACACAAUACUGCCGCACUCAAUGCUGCAUGCAAGUUAUCGUCAUUUUCAAGCAAGCACAAAGCCUGGUAAUAAGACUGAUUUUAACGCUUCAAAUAACGUGGGGCCUCGAAUUCCAUGGAAGUAGCUUUCGAAGAUGA